UUUAAGAGACGUCCAAAAAUUAGGACAUUGUCUAUUCUUAGAACUAACUUUGUCUUAAUUUUUUCCUCUUUUUUUUCCACAGAAAAUGUCCAGUUCAGGUUUAUUUUCUUUAUUCUCUUCUCCAGUUCAAAGAAGUGAUGAUGAAUAUAGUGACAGCUCUCAAAGCAUAAGUCUGGAAAUGAAGGGAGAGGUUCACAGUCAUUUAGAGGAGAGCAUUCGUCCAUACAUUGAUCUGAUUGACACUCUGCGAUCAGUAGGCAUUCACAAGGAUUUGGCAUUACCGACUAUUGUAGUGAUUGGAGACCAGAGUUCUGGAAAAAGCUCUGUGUUGGAAGCUCUGUCUGGAAUUGCAUUACCAAGAGGGAGUGGAAUUGUCACCAGAUGUCCACUAGAGCUGAGGCUGAAGAAGGUACCAGACAUCAACUGGAAGGGUUUUCUAUUUUACCGUGAUAAGAGAAUUGAAUUUGUGGAUUCAUCAUUAGUUCAAAAACAUGUUGAAACAGCACAGAAUGAGCUGGCAGGAAAAGGGGUAGGAAUAUGUGAUGAGCUCAUCACUUUAGAGGUCUUGUCAUCAGGUGUAUGUGACCUCACACUGAUCGAUCUACCUGGAAUUGCCCGCGUCCCAGUAAAAGGACAACCAGAGGAUAUUGGAAACCAGAUCAAACAGCUGAUCAUAAAAUUUAUUGAGAAGCAAGAGACAAUAAACAUGGUUGUGGUUCCUUGUAACACUGACAUUGCAACAACAGAAGCAUUAAAAAUGGCACAAGAAGUAGAUCCUGAGGGCAAAAGAACUGUUGCCAUUUUGACCAAGCCAGACCUCAUAGACAAGGGAACAGAGAAGAGCAUUCUGGCCAUUGUCCACAACAAAGUGAUUCCUCUCCGCAAAGGUUACAUCAUGGUGAAGUGUAGAGGACAACAGCAAAUUGAUGAUAAAAUUCCUCUGGAGGAGGCAGCAGAAAUAGAGAAGGAUUUCUUCGAAAACCAUGACUAUUUCAGAGGCCUCUUGACUGAGAAUAAAGCAACAAUUAAAUGUCUUGCUGUCAAACUGACUCAGAAUCUUGUUGAUCAUAUCAAAAAAUCACUGCCACAGCUUGAUGAGAAGAUAAAAAAGCAAUUGUGGGAUGUGAGGAAUAAGCUCAAGGAGUUUGAGGAUGGACCACCACAGGACCCUAAGGGAGCCAAACAAUUCCUCAUUAAAAUUUUAACAAGAUUCAAUGAGAAUGUCAUGUCCUUAUCAUCAGGGGAGCUAGUUAAUACAGAAAAUUUGUUUGCCGAGCUUCGAGAGGAAUUCAAGAAGUGGAAUGAUCAUCUUAAUGAUACAAAACCAUCCUUCUACAGUUUAAAAGAGUUUGCCCAGAAUUACAGAGGGAGGGAACUGCUCGGAUUCAGCAACUACAGAGGAUUUGAAUCAGUUCUGCAGGACCAUGUGGCCAGACUUAAGCACCCAGUAAUUGAUUUACUCAGUAUCGUUAAAGAUAUCAUCCUGAAGCAAUUUAAAGAUGUGUCCUAUAAAUGUUUCCGGAACUACCACAUGCUUCAAAAUAUCACAGAGAACAAAAUCAACAACAUUCAGUCAAGCCAACAAGCCAAGGCAGAGCAGAGGAUCUCAGAGCAGUUUGAAAUGGAAAACAUGAUCUACACUCAAGAUCCCAUCUACCUGAAGUUCUUGAAUGAGAUUAGUGACGAGACAUUUUCAGAAAAUAUGUUACCUAUCUUUGACAUAAAGAGCAAGUACAGUGAAAUGAUGCAAGCAUAUUAUGAGAUUGUGGUGCAGCGGAUGUCUGACCAGCUGCCCAUGAUGAUCACAUUUUUCAUGCUGAAGGAAACUGCUCAGCUCCUGAUUAUUGACAUGCUUAGUUUACUGGAUGGGGCAAAUGUGAGUGAGCUCCUGUUCGAGGACUCCGAAGUCGGUACAAGGCGCAGAGACCUACAGUCUCGUCUGGAACGUCUGACUGCUGCUCAUGAAACAUUAAGUGAUUUUAUUUGAGGGAUCUA